UCGGAUUUACGAGUGUCGUUGUUCCGGCUUCGUCUGCCUCGAUUGAAGCCCUGUUAUUGGAAAUCUCGAUAAAACAAACAUUUUAAUCAGCAAAACCCAAAAUGCCAUUCACUUGUAUCAGAAGAGACUCGUCAAACAUCAAAUUCGAUGUGCCACUGGCAGGAACCCUCGAGCAGCUGGUGAACAAUAUGUACCAGGCGGAUGUCCUGUUCAAGGUAGGUCAGUGCGGAGAACUGAUAUACGCUCAUAAACUGAUCAUCACGACGGCUAGCGAGGUGUUUUUCGCGCAAUUCAACUGGAGCUUCGCAGAAUCGAAAAGAGAUACCCUUGCUGAUCCGGUAGUAAUAGAGGAUGUCGAGCCGGCCCCAUUUCUGGAACUACUGCGCUACAUUUAUUGCAGAGAGGUUGACAUCCAGCCCGGCAACAUGCUGGAUAUAUACUACGCUUCGGAAAAGUACAUGUUGAGAAAACUGAGUAUGAUAUGCGAGGACAACUUGUAUAGACUGAUCAACGAAACCAGCGUAAUGAAGGUACUACAGCAUAACCGACGGUACAAGUUUCCCGUAGUUGAUACUAUUUGUGUAAGAAUAAUCUGCGAUAAUCCGCUAAAGUACUUUAAGCAGGAAGAAUUUCUAACCCUGAGCCAGCAAGCACUGCAGCUGAUUGCUUCCAGCUCAGCCAUGAAUUGUCGCAUUGACCAGUUGGAUCAAGCGAUCACACAAUGGAAGCAGAGCAACAAAAAAGCUGAGAUAGAUGUUCAGUUGGAAUCGUUACUAUGCCGAAAACUUUACUUUUUUGACAAAGGUUCUUAUAACUCCAACAUCGAUACACGCUUCAAAGUGGGUGUAGCGACGAAUAUUGACCUGUACGGUGUGGGCAUCUACGUGGGCAUAGAGGGUGAUUCCCCUCCUUUUCGUGAUAGUACCAUCACUAUAAGAGUGGAUCUCAAUGGAUUGUUUGUCGAGGAGACGGUUGCCGUUGUGAAUACUCUGAAGAUUCAUGAGAUUAUGUUUGAGAAGCAAUUGAUUGUUGGGCUAUGCGAGAUUAGCGUAAAAAUAGUCAAACACGACUGUCUGAAGGAGGACAAAAUGUUUAAUCUCAAAGGAUUAUCUACGACGGGUGAUUCAAGGUUCACGGUUAACUCGGUUAAUCAAUCCAUAACCAACGGCCGAGUGUCGCAAAUCAAUUGCGUCGCAUAUUUGCUAUACAACUGGAAAUAACAUGUCGGCUAGUGUUAUGUGCAGACUGCAGAGUUCUAAGACUAUAUCAGAUGAGCUUUAUUUUAUUAUAAAUUUUUGUGCAGUUUGGAAAAGGCAUAACAUUGUCCACAAAUGUUAACUCGUCAUUCUUCUUUUUUUUUCUAUAUAAGUUUGGUUAUCAACAUUCCUAAGGAAACGUUCACAAUUAUUUUUCUUAAAUAAUACUGACUUGGAUUUACCAAAUUGAUGCG